AUGUCCAACCUCACUACCCUGAUCCAAUUGACCCAACAAAGCACCUACAAGUUGAAUAACGGACAACAUAUUCCGGUUGCCGGAUAUGGUCUUUACUUAUGUCCCGAUGAACAAUCGAAACACUUGGUCUACAAAGCUUUGGAAGCCGGUUACAGACACAUUGACAGUGCUGUAUACUACGGCAACCAAAGACUGGCAGCACAGGCUAUUGCGGAGUUCCUCAAAGAUCACCCGGAAGUUAAGCGUGAAGACAUCUGGUUCACUACAAAGUUGACUAACGAUGCGCAUGGGUACGAAGAAACCAAGAAGGAGAUUGCUCUUAUUGCUAGUGAAAUUAAGGAAUCGCUUGGCUAUCUCGAUUUGGUCUUGCUCCACUCGCCAAAAUCCAACAAGGAAAGAAGAUUGGGCACUUGGAAAGCGUUGCAAGAAUUCGUUUUGCACCCACAGAACGAAGUGCUAAACAUUCGCUCCAUCGGAGUUUCCAACUUCGGAGUCGACCAUUUGGAAGAAAUCUUGAACUGGGAUGGUUUAUUAGUGAAGCCUGUGCUUAACCAAUUGGAAUUGCACCCAUGGUUGCCGCGCUUGGAAUUGCGUGAAUACUUGUGUAAGCACGAUAUACUUGCCGAAGCAUACUCUCCCUUGACUCAAGGUUACAUGUUGAACGAUCCAGAAUUAUUGGAAUUGGAAAAGAAGUCGGGCAUCUCUAAAAUCGAAAUCCUCAUUAAGUGGUCCUAUUUACAGGGAUUUGUCGUUUUAGUUAAGACUGAGAAAGAGGAAAGAAUUGCUCAAAAUCUCAACAUCUUGCCGAAGGGAAACAAUGACAUACUCGGUGAAACUUCAAACUUGGGCAAGAUCGAGUUGCCACUGUCUGUAUUGGAAGCUCUAGACAAGCCGGACUCUCAUGUCGUCUUGACUUGGGAUAAUGUCGAUCCUACUCUCUACAAGGACGGCGACAUUUAG